AUGAGUGACAAGAUCCCUUCGUGGAAUGUCGUCCACAAGCUGGAGAAGCGCCAGCUUCUCAUCGGAAUCAACUGCGUGGCUGGACUGUCUAUUUUGUUCUUCGGUUACGACCAAGGAAUGAUGGCCGGUGUCAACAACGCAAAGGAUUAUAUCGAUCUCAUGAAAUUCGGGUAUACGAAGGUGGUGGACGGCGAGCUGACCCCGGUGGUCACAAAUUCUCUGCUGCAAGGUGGGAUUGUGUCGGUCUACUACCUGGGAACGCUCUUCGGCGCAUUACUUGGUGGCUGGCUCGGAGAUCGGACGGGAAGAAUCAAAACCAUUGCAGCGGGUUCUUUAUGGGCUAUUCUGGGCGCGGCUCUGCAGUGUUCGGCACAGAACCACAAUUGGAUGAUUUGCGCGCGUUUCGUUAAUGGCAUUGGAACCGGAAUUUUGAACGCUAUCGUCCCUGUCUGGGCUACCGAGACGGCUGAACAUACUUCGCGCGGACAAUUCAUUGCUAUUGAAUUUACGCUGAACAUUUUUGGUGUUGUGCUGGCUUAUUGGUUGGAGUUUGGCCUGUCUUUCAUCGACAACGGAGAGUCAGCCUUCCGCUGGAGAUUCCCUAUCGCAUUCCAGAUCGUCUUCCUCAUCGUCCUCUUCGCGGCUGUCUGGUUCUUCCCAGAGUCGCCUCGAUGGCUCGUCAAGGUCGGCCGGGAGGAAGAGGCCCGCUACAUCCUGCAGCGUCUACGUGGAUCUAGCGGAGAGGACCUCCUCCGAGCGGAAGCCGAGUUCCAGGAUAUUCUCAGCAUCGCUGAGCUGGAGCGGACAGUCAAUCAUGGUGACUCGUAUCUGUCUAUGUUGGUUGGCUACAAAUCUGGUGAUCUUCAUAUCGGCCGUCGUGUCCAGUUGGUCAUUUGGCUACAGAUCAUGCAGGAAUGGGUUGGUAUUGCGGGAGUUACUGUUUAUGCACCUACCAUCUUUGGCAUUGCUGGGUUUGACUCAAUGAAGAGUCAGUGGAUUAGUGGACUGAACAAUAUCUUCUACAUGUUUGCCACGCUAGUCUGUGUCUUUACUCUCGACCGCAUCGGUCGUCGGUGGACUUUGUAUUGGGGUGCGGCUGUCCAGGGUAUUGCCAUGUUCCUCGGUGGUGGAUUUUCCCGUCUCGCCAUCGACAGCAAGGCAGCUGGUGAUAUGGCCAAGGCAUCUUCGUAUGGUGCGGCCGCAGCCUCGAUGAUUUUCAUCUUCACCUCUGCAUUCGGAGCUUCGUGGCUCACAGUCCCUUGGGUGUACCCGGCUGAGAUCUUCCCUCUGGCCGUUCGUGCCCGUGGAAAUGCCUUCGGUGUCGUCGGAUGGAGUAUUGGCAAUGGAUGGCUGGUGAGUGAAUAUCCUUCAACGCAUGGAAGACGUACGCUGACAGAAGAUCGAAAGACUCUACUGUGCCCCGUCAUGUUCAAUGCCAUUGGCGAAAAGACGCUGUACGUCUUCGCCGCCAGUAACGUCAUCGCCAUCCCCAUGGUCUGGGCUCUGUAUCCAGAAAGUAAUCAGCGGACGCUAGAGGAUAUGGAUCUCCUAUUCGCAGCUAAGACACCCUGGACCUGGGAUGCAGAGAAGACCUUUGCGCGCCUCAAGGCGGAGAACCCAGGCAUGGUCCAGUCUCUCGGUCCUAAGGGCAGUCUUGUGGACCCUGAGACUGGAAAGCCUCUUUCUGCUGCUGCGGCUGUUGCGGCUUCCAAGGCUGGUGAUAAUGCUGUAGGUGCGGAGCAUGUAGAUCACGCUUAG